UACCCCGAUCCGUGUCCGAACUCUGUGGGCGCCUGCUUCUCUGUUUUUCUCAAACUCCUUUGCCGCCGCCGCCGCCAGUCUCGCUCUCCGGCGAAGGGUGUUUACCCAGGGGACCAUGGAGGAGUACGGAGGGGGAGACCUCCUGACCGAGGCGAUGGGCUCCGCGGCGCGGUUGGUGGUAGUAGAGGACUGCGUGGAGGCGCCGGGGGCCUUCGUCCUCCACCUCCUCCUCAAGCGCGCGCUCGCCGGCGGCGGGGCGGCUGCCUUCCUCGCCCUCGCGCAGCCUUUCACCCAUUACGACCGAAUCCUGCGCAAGAUGGGAUGUAACCUUUCCCUGCAUAGGAGGAACGAGAGGCUUCAUUUCUUUGAAUUGCAAGCAUUCCCAGGUGGAGCUAGGGAUGGCGCCAUUGCUGAUAGCUUUGUUCGACUGUACAGUGAAAUUCAAAGAGUGGCGGAGGCAACCAGGAGUGGAGAAAAUGCAGGCCAAUUCACCAUCGUGAUAGACGAUGUUUCACUGUUGGAAGUUGCGGCCCAUGGUUCCAUAGACAAUGUGCUGGACUUCUUGCAUUAUUGUGUGACUCUUACAUCUGAGAUGAAUUGCUCGCUGGUGAUCCUCGUCCACGAGGAUAUAUAUGCAGGCGAGGAGAACAAUGGUCUUCUUUUACAUUUGCGCCACAUUGCAGAUCUUGUGGUUAAAGCAGCACCUUUGAGCACAGGCUUGGCUGCUGAUGUUCAUGGACAGCUUUCGGUGGUCAACAAGGGUACAUUCAGCGAGCAAAGGGCAAAAGCGCAGAAGGUUUGGAAUUUCCAUUUUAAAGUGAAGGAAAAUGGUGCGGACUUCUUUUAUCCAGGGAGCAGACAUUAGGGAGUACUUUGUAAUACUGGCAGAGAUGACUUUUGUUGUGAUAACUGGUGUUGCUAUGCUUUGCAUGACAUCUGCUAACCUACGUAGUAUUUCAGUAAAGUUUCGUCGAAUCCUUUCCUUCA